GGGCAGACGAACAAAUUGUGAGAGAAGCAGCAGCACCUCCUCCUCAAUCCCUGAUUGUUAUUUACUGUUCCGAGCUCCCGACAUCCGAGGAGCACACACUCCUAUGCCAUAACAGAUCAGUACUCUGAUCGUAGAGAGAUCGACGACGAUGGGUUUUGGCAGCAGCGAUGAUACGACCACCAAGGGCCGCAAGCUGCUGGAGAUCCUCAACGUGAGGAUGGUCGGCGCCGGCUGUCGAGUCCUGGUGCUGUCCCACGGCUUCGGCACCGAUCAGUCGGCGUGGAACCGCGUGCUCCCUUACUUCCUGCGUGAUUACAGGGUGGUGCUCUACGAUCUGGUUUGUGCCGGCAGCGUCAACCCCGACCACUUCGAAUUCCACCGCUACACCACCCUCGACGCCUACGUCGACGACCUUCUCGCCGUGCUCGACGCCCUCGGCGUCGACCGAUGCUACUUCGUCGGCCACUCCGUAUCGGCCAUGAUCGGCAUCCUCGCCGCCAUCCGCCGCCCUCUUCUCUUCCUAAAACUCAUCCUCGUCGGAGCAUCCCCAAGGUUUCUGAACGAUGGGGAUUACCAUGGGGGGUUCGAGAGGGAGGAGACCGAAGAGGUGUUCGCAGCGAUGGAGGCGAACUACGAGGCGUGGGUGCGAGGGUUCGCGCCGCUGGCGGUGGGGGCGGACGUGCCGGCGGCGGUGAGGGAGUUCAGCCGGACGCUGUUCAACAUGCGGCCGGACAUAUCGCUGUUCGUGUCGCGGACGGUGUUCAACAGCGAUCUGCGGGGGGUGCUGGGGCUGGUGCAGGCCCCCUGCGUGGUGAUCCAGACCGCCAACGACGUGUCGGUGCCGCCUUCCGUCGCCGCGUACCUCAAGGCCCACCUCGGCGGCCGCACCACCCUGGAGCUCCUCCACGACGAGGGCCACCUCCCCCACCUCAGCGCCCCCGCCUCCUUCGUCCAUGUCCUCCACCGCGCCCUGACGACAACCCAAUGAACGCUUCCAAUUCCUCCUCCUCCUCCUCCAUCACCUGAUGGUUUGGCCCACCACCAUCACCUGCAUCCGAACCUGAUCAAUUUGUGGAGAAUUACGUGUCUUCAAGUGUGGGUGUUCAUUGCUGCUAUAGUGCAUGUCCAUUGGAGGUAUGUUGUCACGUGAGGACUUUUCCCAUCCAGCUUUGGUUUUGCUACUCUUACUGCUGUUUGCCGCUUACCGUGCUACACAAUAAUGAAUAUCGAAUAAGGAGGUGGGGAAGUGCGCGGGUCGUUUACAUGCUUCA